AGAUCUGGACAGCAAAGAAAGCAGAAGGAACUACGGCGUAGCCCUAAUAGUUUUAUAUAUGAUGUGGAAAAAAUUUGCUUUGGGCUUUCUUUAAACCCACUUGCUUGUACCCAUUCGCAGAUAGAGGUCCGCUUUAAAGAUAGUCGACCCACUUUCGUGCUAUGCAAGUGUAAAAGCAAAAUUCAGAUAAAAUAGUGUACAACAAAAAUAAAUUAGUAUAAAAGUAUUAAAACAAGUAAACAAGAGUCCGCGAGCAAUGGCCACCUCAACGCUGCAAUCUCCGUCGCCGUCGCCAUCAAACGCCUCCGUGUCAUCCAAGAAUCCGCAGCUGAAGCGCGUAGUGUACUCCAAAUAUCGGGAACUACUUGGUUCUUAUAAUGAUAAGGCCAAUGCCAUCAUCGACACUCUGCCCGCAUAUAUGGUUCGUCAGGAUCGCGGAUUUCAGUUGUCGGAGCUGCCCGUGAACGGGGAUGCCAAUCGCAACGGCCUGGAAUUGUCGUAUGGACAGCGCGGAGGAGGCGGAUCCGGAAACGGUGGCUACGAGGCGCCCGCGUGCGUGCAGAACGCGAUGAUGACAAAAGACAAGAAGCCCUUCACCUACACGCCCGGCGGCAUUGAUCUCUCCCAGAUCCGGUCGGAGCGGAUGGCCAAGCGGUUGGCGCGCAAUGCCCAAUCGGAAGGAGCAACCGGAGCCGCCCAACAGAACAGACCCGCCCAGCCACAGUCGCCAGGUGGGCCAGGUGGUGCAGCCAGUUCGAUUGGAGCCGCUGCCAUGGGCAUGCCGUUCCAGGUGCUGCCGCCGCCACCACCGCCGCCGCAACCACAGUCGGGUCCAAGACCAUCGGCGGCUAGCGUUGAAAGCAGCUACAGUCCUUACACUCCGACUCCGCAAGUGCCGCCCGUGGCCAAGAGUCCUCCGGUGCAAUAUCAACAGCCAACGCCACCGGCAACACCGCCGCAGCAGCAGCAGCAACAGUCGGAGCAGCAGCCUGCAACACGCCCGGAGUUCCGCAGUGUGCCCAUGCCCACAUCGCCAGCGGUGAACGUCUACACACGUCAAUCGGACAGUCCCAGAUCGCCUUUCGAGCCGCAGCAACAGCAGCAGCAGCAGCAACCACAGCGAUCCACUGAGAGCCCCUUCCGGUUUGCACAGCAGCAACAGCAACAGUCACCGCAGCAGCGUCCACCAACAGCGAUAUCGCCGCUGGCUCAGGUGCAGCAGCAGCAGCAACAGCAGUUGCAACAGCAGCAGCAACAGCAGUUGCAACAGCAGCAGCAACAGCAGUUGCAACAGCAGCAGCAACAGCUCCAGCAGCUGCAGCAACAGCAGUUCCAGCAGCAACAAUUGCAGCAACAACAGUUCCAGCAACAACAGUUGCAGCAGCAGCAACAGCAGCAACAGCAGCAACAGCAGCAGCAACAGCAGCAGCAACCGGCUGUUCAAUCAGUACCAUGGCGCACUCAACGUGCUCAGCCUGGAGCACAACAGCAACAGGAUUCGCAUCCACAACCAAUCUACAACAAUGUUCAGCAGCAGCAACAAAGAUCUCGCGAUGUCUUCAGUCCGGCAAGGAAUGAAACAUCGGCAGCAAACACGUUCAAUUCACAGCAGCAACAAAACCAAUUUGGUGGAGCAGCAAAGCCGACCAACGUUGGAUCGCUUUACAUAGCUCCACUGGCCCAGCCCACUGAACCGCAGGCUCAACGAAUCCUUUUGCAACAGCAGCAGCAGUCAUCUGCUCGGGAUUCUCCCAUGCGCCAACUUCCACAGCAGCAGCCGCAGACCAAUCAACCGAUGAGAUGGCUCAGUUCACAGCCGGCUAGCAAGGAGCAGGCUCCAUGGGCUCGUCUCGAGGAGAAUGGCAACGUCCUGCCCUCCACCUUGCGUCAGACUACCCCGCAGCCCCAAGUCGUCCCUCAGCAGCAACCACAGCAGCAGCAGCAGCCACAGCAGCAGCAGCAGCCCACCUUCUACCAGCCGCAGUUGGUCCAAGGUAAUGGCUACGGACCAACACCGGUUUCAGCCGCUCCCAUCAGUCUGCAGAACUUCGGAUCAAAUCCACAGCCUGGAGGACUACGUUUGCAGAUCAACUUAAACACCAAUGGCAACAGCAGCAAUAACACAAAUCAAAGUGCUCCACGGGAGCGUAUCAUACCGAUAACUCUAGAGCAGACGCCGACAUAUGCCGCAGCCCAGCCCAACUUUGGUGGUUACCAGAAUUACCCACCACAAGCCCAGCGAUACCCGUCGCCCAAUCAGCCAACGAGUACGAGUAACAACACCAAUGGCAAUGCCACCCGGCUAAUCCCGAUAGCCAUCGAGGGAGGACGAGGCGGUCCAGUGUCCCAGUCGCCAGUGCUGCUGCAGAACGAUCCACGCUCACCGCCCAUCCAAUCGAAAUCGUUUAGAAUAUUGCAAAAGAUAACCGACACCGUGGACGAUGGCAGCGGGAAUGGCGAUUCGCGGCAGGACUUGCAGCAGACGCCCCAGGAGGCGGAGCUGCAGCGGCCGCAGUUCGCCCGCCAGAUGAGCGCCCAGCAGGCAAGGAAUAGUCCGACCAUCGAGCAGAUGCGACGCCUGCAAAUCGGACAGGAUCAGCAGAAUAACCAUCAGCAGUCGGGUACGCCACUAGCUUGGUCCCCGCAAGGUAAUGGAGUCUCCGCUCAGAACCGAUUCACGCAACAACGAUAUGAUGCCCCCCAACAACAACAGCAAUAUGUGCCUCCAAGUGAACAGCAAGCUCCGGAACCCAAAAAAUACACAGGCAGCGCUAUACCCAGUCGAUCAUUCAAAAUUCUACAGGCAAUGACAACACCUGAAAAUGCCGACCAUAAAAUUCACACCGAGCUGGACUCGGAUUUGGAAAAUGUUGAACUGAACGAAUCCCCAAACAAUAAUAAUAAUAAUAAUAAUAACAGUAACAACGGAAGUACUGAAAAUAAUAAUAAUUAUAAUAAUAAGAUUAACAGUAAAACCAAUAAACGUCAUAGCUACACUUCAUCCACACCCACAUCAUCACCAUCAACCUGCACAGAUCCCACCAUCCAUUCAUCGAACUCAUCUCUUAGUUCGGAUAGCUCUUGUCCCCCACAGCCACCUCGAUCGCAAUCCGUUCCACCCCAGUAUCCCUAUGCCUUCGGGUAUCCGUAUCCAUGGUACAUGCCACCCCCUCCACCUGUCAAUGGUGAGGGAGCUCCCUGGCCAUAUCCCUAUUCAUAUCCACCGCCACCUCCUCCACAAUCGAUUGAUGGAAAGCAGGCAGAAGGAUUUCCACCAUAUCCCUAUUACUACCCAUAUUAUCCGCCUCCCUUGCCACCUUAUGGACAACAACCCGGGGAAGCUCAGAUACCGCCGGGCUAUCCUCAGUUCCAUGCCAUGCCACCAUAUGGUCACCCGUAUCCCUAUCCAGUGGCUCCCAGUUACAGUCAGAGUUCCACCGAAGAGAGCAGAGCCAGCAGUGUUCUACCGGAUAUAAUCAUCACUCCCAGUACCGAUGAUAUACCCUCGCAGGUCAUAAUGAAACAUCACAUCCGAGUGGAGCCACGAGAGCCACCAAAGCGGGCGCACUCUGUGGAAAUAGAGGAGGUAGUCAGCAAACCGAAAGCCCGGAAUAUUUGCACCAACAAUCACGAGGUCAUCGAUGUGCUGAGCCAACGAUUGGCAAAUAUCAACAAGAUUGCCAGCGGCAACACCCAGGCGAAUCUCUCCAAGCAGCUACAGAAAAACUAUGCCGGUGAACAAGCCAAAGAACUGGGUGAGAGAUCUCCCAGCGAAAAUGCCUCCAAUUCGGAUAGUGAAUCAGAGGAAGAGAGCAGCGAUGACGAAGAAGAUACCCCUAAGCUGGGAGCUCGUCCAGCUCCCUUGCAGUCCAUUAAGUCGGUGACAAAUGUGCAGGUGUACAAGGGUAAAACACUGGAACAGCAUUUGGACUCCGAGAGUAGCGAUGAUGAAGAUGAUGUGACUACAGCGGAUGAAAUGUACGAUGAAGAGGAACAGAUCGAGGAGGAGCAAGAAGGAUUGGUCGAGGAAAUGGAAGAUGAUUACAUUGUUGAGGAGGAUCUUAGUGUUAUAUACGAGGAAGAGAGUGAACUGGAACGUAGCAGUGAAUAUGCCAAGACAGUCAUUCGAAAGGAUGACUCCCGAUCCACCAUAGUUGAUGAUAUUGAAAAGCAAAUCGAAGAAAAUGAUGAUGACGAUGACGACGAGGAGUCCAACUCGGUAACAGUUCGUUUGCCACUCCGCUUCUCCUUCAGUCGCAGUUCGAAUGAUGAAAACAUUGCCACUGUGCAAGUCGGUAAUACAACACAAAUCGAAGAAAAACCCAUCAUCGCGAGCUCGUUCAGUGUGGCCAAGGUCGAAAGUGAUGAUGAGGAUGAUGACUGUGAGGUCAGUGUUACCAUCAGUUUGUCGAACUCUUCACGUUCUAAUUCUGUGGAGAAGGUUGCCCAACCCUACCGACCCUCCAAUGCAUAUCCCGUGGAGGAUAUAAGUACACCCAUCAAAACUAGUGAAGAAGAUGUUUCCGCAUCAUUCUCCCUUGGUAUGCGUAACAAAUUUAUGGGUGAAACAAUUGCCAAUGAUGUUACUAAUAAUAUAUCCCGGGAUCAGGCAAAACCAAAGAACGACGUCACCGAAGUUGAGAGCUCCCCAAAAGAGGAAUUCGACUUCUUUGCCACUUUGAUGGCCACCAAAAUGCAGGCUCAGAAAAUGAUGGAGCAGUCUAAAAACUUUUGGAAAACUCCUGACCCUAAGAUAGUAGAACCCGCAGCUGAGAAGCCAAAACUUCGACCUAAGGAGAAUAUUCCUGAGACAAAACCACCAAGACCAAUAUCUGGUGAUAUGUCCAAGACCGAGGCUUCGCUGGAGGCAGCCAAGAAUAGCUUCUGGUCCACCUUCGCUACGACCUCAAAGGAAACGGAGCCCAAAGCAGAGCAAGAAGAUGCAGCUGAGGAAGUCGACUUCUGGGCAAGCAUAGAAAAAACCUCUGAUAAGGAAGAAAAACAGUGGACCAAGAAAAAGAAGACCGUAACCUAUACUCCUUUGAAGAAAGAGGCAGUAACUACGGUGCAGCAUUGGACAACAACGUUUAAGGCUCACUUGGAAUCGUUACCAAUGCCCCAAAAAGCCGAGGUGCAUUUUGUAGUUGAGGAAAAGAAAAAAGAAAUUGAAGAACCACAAGAGGAGAAUCAGGGUAAAGAAAAUGAUUUUUGGGGCUCAGUAAUUCAGGAUAAGAUGGAAAACACAGACAGUGCAACGUGGGAACGUACAGAAUACAACUCAGAACCUUCUCAGGGAGUUACAGAGCAACCCAAGCAACAGGAUGAGGAUAACGUUGACUUCUGGGCCAAUAUUGAAUCAUCUAAUAAUUGCGAAGAUGAAGAAAAGCCCCACAACAUCAGCUAUGAUCCCACAAAAUAUCCUGAGGAGCCCCGCGAAGUGGAUACUGAUGAGGAGAUUGACUUCUGGGCCGAGAUAGAAGCCAAACGCAAACCAGGAGAAGACGACGACGAAGAUGUCACGUUCCAUAAAUCGGCAACUUUCUGGGCUCGCAAAGAACGACAGAACUCUGUAGAGGAAACCCCUUAUAAGCCUGUGGAAAUCAAGGCUUUCAGAGCUAAGUUACCCGAUGAAGCAGCAGUAGAAAUUGAUGUUUGGGCCACCCUAGAAGCAGCCAGAGGCCACGAGCCCGAAAUUGUUGAUCCUGCGGUGGAAGAGGAAAAGGUUCUGGCCGAGCAAUUUGAGGAACUUAAACACGAGAGCUCAGAUGAGGAGGAGGAGGUUGCGGAGGAAGAAAAGGAGUUAGAGCAGAAGCCUCGGGAUGAAGUCCAGGAAAGCAAUCUCAGCCAUAUGGACACCAUGUCACUGGCCUCGAUGCACGAGCCAGCUACAGUCUAUACAUGGGCUCCACCACCACAGGAAGCAGAAGAUAAUGAGGAGGAAACUGAUUUCUGGGCGGACAUGGAAAAGGAACGAUCCAAGAAGGAACAGUUCGAGGAGGCGGAACAGAAACGACACAACUACCGACAGGCCAUGGCCUUCUUCAAUACCUCCAUCGAUGGUCAGCAGUCACCGCCACAACAAAAUGCCAGUCCCAAUCGCAGCAGUGUUAUCCUGGAAGUCGAGGAGCCACAAGAAGUAAACCUGGGACCACCUGGUGAGUACCAGAUAAUAGGCGAAGAUGGCGUCGUCGUGGAGGAGCACAAGCCGGAGAUAACGGAAACGGAUGGUGAUGAGCGAGGUGCUGCCACUCCAACCAAUAUGGAGCCACAACUACCAGAGGUCUAUGUGGAACCCGAGCCGGAAGUAAAGCGCCUUGUCAACGGACUUCCUGAUCUUGCCGUUGAGAAGUUUAGCGAAAAACCGAAGAUAUCGGUGCGUGACAGGAUCAGCGCCUUUGAGGUGAUUCCCUCGGCGACAAAUGAUGGCGCCAAGGGACUAACCAAGCAAUCCCUAUCAGUGGAUAGUGCUUAUGGCAAGGGAACCCUCUCGCGAAACAGCAGCACUCAGCGUUCCGAGUCGGAGAUUGAGGAGGACGACUCCGGGGUAACGGACAUGAACCGUCAGCUGUCUGAGACGGACACAGAGUCCGAGAGUUUUCCGGAGUUGCGCAAGAUGACCAGCUACCAGCGGGCAGCCACACAUUCCAGGCUCUUUAAGCUGUUGCAGGACGAAAACGAUGUUCCGGAAGCGGGAGCCCAACCCGCCGAUGAAUUUCAGUUCAAGCCCAGUCGCAGGAAGAUUGUCCAUAAUGUGUCCAUUACUAGACGGCAAAAUCCAGGAGCUCUAAAUGAAGCAGAGACCAUGACGCAGCGCAGGGAACGACUUUCGCUGCCGCUUCGCAAGAAUACCAGCAUCGAUGCGGACAAUCCCUCGACCCCAAAUAGUCCUGCCUCCCCCAUAAUGGGACCGUCGGCCAAGAACCAACGUGUGGUUAGCGAUAAGUUGGUAAAUGAAUUGGUCCAGAGCCUGCUGCUUAAAAGCGACAGUUCGCAUUUGAGAAAUCUGCCCAUGGAACGUCUUCAGGCAGCCGCCAAACGAGCCCUGGUGGAGGAGAUGGACUCCGCGCAGGAGAACAGCUCGCUGGACAGCACGCCGGCACCCACGCCGAAGCAUGACAAGGAGUAUUCGGACUACUACAACAGCUGGUGCGACGCCAGUGGCAGUGGCGACGAGGUGUUGCCAUCCAAGAGCUUCCGUGCUCUGCAAGAUCCAAGACGCAGUCCUUGGACGGUGCGUUGUCCGCGAGUUCUCAGCUCCAAGACGAUAAACCGGGACUUGGCCCGGGUUACAGAAUCACCGGAAAUAGCCAAUGGACGGGGCAGCAAAAGUCCCGAAUGCUUCCGUCAGAACUCACACUCCCAGUCUCGGGAACGAUCCGUCAGCAGUUGGCGGAGAGUUUAGGAUACGGCAACGAAUUGCCUUUUGUAUAUAACAGGGCGGGUCUAUAGUCUUUAGCAGGGAUGUGAGACCUGUUCAAAUGGAAAAAAAGAAUCUCGUGAGGAGAAUCUGAGAAUCAAACGAAAUGUAAAGCGAACCUUAAUCGAAACAGGGAAUGUUUUCAGUAACUAACAUCCUAUUUCUGGUUAGAUAUUAUUAUCCAGUAUCUAGGAGGGUUAGGCUAGCAGCUAAGCGCUCCAGAGCCGGAUUUCACUCCCGAACUUCUCGUAAACUAAGAAACUACUGCAUUUGGCCGAAAGAGUCACUGCCUCUGGGAAUGUGUGAUAAAAAAAAGAGCCAGAUUUUGCAUUUCAUAUCUCACCAUCAUUGAACUAUCCGCACACAUUGUACAUUAUGAAUAUCGAAUACACUCAACACAUUAAUAAACUAAAUCUAAUUAAACAUGUAAAUAAACCAAUUGAAACCAAUGAAAGGAAAUCGUUCAUUCGUUCGUUCGUUUGUUACCUCAGUAAAGCGCAAACCCAAAAAACCAACCGAAAUCAUUUUCUAAACUUACAUGAGUAUUUUAAAAUUUGUAAGCCGUAACUCAUGAAAUCGAACCAAAUAAUAACAAGCAUAUAAAACUGAAAAAAAAAAACUAUCAAGCGCCACAAUAAACAACAAAAUAAAAACCAAUUUCAUCUCAACUCAAUGAUUUUGUAAAACUCGUUCAAAAUCCUAAGGACCUGGUCAAUCGGAUCUAUAAUUAUUUCUCAACGCCAUAGAAAUCAAUUAUAGCAACUCAACAGCAUCAUAAAGAAAUCGAAACGAAACUGAAUAUUAAUCAGAUUGCUUGUUAUAGUUAUGUAGUUUAAGUACCAGACACUCUGAGGAUCGCCACAAUCAAAUAACUUGGGAACGGGAACAAGUUUUUAGUAAAAUUUCUUUACACUAACAAACAUCAUUGUAACUGAGAAUCGAAAGUUUUUAUUGUUGAACGCGAUUUGGUAGCAGCACUAAAACCAUACAAAACAAUUCUAACACAACUACGAAGCAAAUAGCGAAAGCGAAUAUAUACUAAUCCUAAAAGUUAAGAUAAAGAAUGCAGGUGCAAUGAGGUAGCAACGAAACGAAACAAAAUCCAAGAAAUCGACUAUGCUUGAUAUGUAUCCGGAUAACACGAAAGCGCACAUCAAACACGACUAAUAAUAUAUUAAAUAUUUUUGUUACUUGCGAACAAUAUUAUUUCAUUUAUGAAUAUUAUCUUUUGUUUGUCAUCAAUAUUUAUUAUUUUACUUAGUUCGUAUGCAUACGAACGUUCUGCACAUUUAUUUGAAUAUUAUUAUUUGAUACAUAAAUAAACUAUAUUUUGUGUUGUACAAUUUUAUAUGCAGUAAACAUUUUUAGUAAAUAAAGAAGUCAAAUC